AAGCCUCUGCGCUCCUCUCAUAUGCACAUGCGCAGUAGGUCGUUCCACUCUGGACAGCUGUAGGAGAAAAUGGCAGCACACAUGCUAGGACAGCAGGUCCGCCAGUUCAGCACGUCUGUCAUCAGACCUGUCUCAAAAUUGGUCAAGCCUCCCAUCCAGGUGUACGGAGUGGAGGGUCGCUAUGCCACUGCUCUGUUCUCAGCUGCCAGCAAGCAGAACAAGCUGGACCAAGUGGAGAAGGAGUUGGGAAACGUUUCUGUAAUGAUCAAGGACCCCAAAAUGUCUGGCAUCCUGUUGAAUCCUCACGUGAAGCGCAGCAUCAAGCAGAAGGCCUUCACCGAUGCUCUUACAAAGGCUAAGGCUUCAGCCAUCACCAUCAACCUCAUCAACGUUUUGGCUGACAAUGGUCGUCUCUCUCUAACUCCCGAUGUGAUCACUGCUUUUGGGAAGAUGAUGAGCGCCCACCGUGGAGAGGUGCUCUGCUCUGUCACUACUGCUCAGCCUCUGGAUGAAGCAAAUCUUUCUGACCUGAAAGUGGCUCUGAAGGGCUUUCUUCAGAAAGGUGAAACUAUCCAGCUGGAAACAAAGACCGAUCCUGCAAUCCUGGGAGGCAUGAUUGUCAGUAUUGGUGACAAGUAUGUGGACAUGUCCACCAAAACAAAGAUCCAGAAGCUGACCAAGCUCAUCAGGGAGUCUUAACUCCUGCGGACUGAAUUUGCAGAGACCACCAUUGGGGGAGAGAACGUUGAUACAUGUACAUUGCUACCUGCUCUAGCACUGCAGUUGCUCCAUAAAUCCAGUGUCUGAUUUAUGUGUCAGAUGUUAAUAAAACUACAAAAUGGG